ACACUCUCCUCGCGUUUCCCGCCAUUAACUCUGCAACCUAUUCUCUUCCUCGCGAAACCGCUUCCUUCGAUUCAUUCCCCCUCUCCCCUCUCCAAGACCCAAAACCCUAACCCCUACGACCCCCGUGACCGCCGCCGCCGUCGAUGCCUGCGCUCUCCGACGUCGCGCUUCAGGCUGCCAUCGCCGGCAACCUCCGCCUCCUGAAGCUGGUGGCGAGCAAGAUGAAUCUGCGCGAAGCGAAGGACGCCGCUGGGCGGAACGCGCUCCACCUGGCCGCGGAGAUGGGCCGUCUUGAGGUUUGCAGGUUCCUGGUGGAGGAAUCGGGCUUCGAGGUGAACUUCGCCUGCGCCGAAGGCGGGUCGCCGGUCCACUGCGCCGCGGCCGGGGGCAGCGAGAGCGUCUUGGGCUACCUUCUCGACCACGGUGGCGACCCUGUGAUGCCGGACUCCAUGGGCUCCACUCCACUGCAUGAUGCGGCAGAGGAAGGGCAUUGUGCGGCUGUGAGGAUGCUGCUGUCCAAGGGUGUCGAUGUGGAUCCACACGGCUGUCGUGGGACGCCGCUGCACUUGGCCUGCUCCAAUGACCGGGAUCAGGUUGUUAGGAUCCUGCUGGAACAUGGCGCAGAUCCCAACAAAGUUGUCGGUCAUGUCCUCCCACCACUCAUGAUGGCAUACUGUGGCGGUUCUUUGAGAUGCAUGAAGCUACUGAUUGAGGCUGGUGCGGAUGUGAACUUGAUUGCUCCUUCUGGAGUAAUUUUGGCUCAGGCAGUUUGUGAUGGGUCAACUGAGAUUGUCAAGUUUUUGCUAGAGGUUGGAGCUGAUCCUAACAUUCCUGAUGAGGAUGGGAAAAUCCCGAUCAUGUACCCAGCAUUUAAUGGGCAUCGGGAGCUUGUUGAAAUUCUAUUUCCUAAGACAAGACCAGUUUCAUCUUUGCCAGACUGGAGCGUUGAUGGGAUUAUUAGAAGUAUGAAAGAUCUGUUUUUCAAGCCUCAGGAUGCAGCUGUGGUGGAAAAAAAGAUAGCUGAUGCGAAGUCACAAGGGAAGGAAGCUUUCGCAAGGGGAGAGUACCCUGCAGCAGUAUACUUCUAUACCAUGGUACUAGAGAACGACCUUGAUGCUACUGCGUUUGCCAACCGGAGCCUGUGCUGGUUGCGGCUGAGGGAGGGGGCCAAGGCUCUGUUAGAUGCUCAACAGUGCAAAAUGAUACGGCCUCGUUGGUCGAAGGCAUGGUAUCGCGAGGGCGCGGCUCUCAGCUUGCUGAAGGACUACCAAGGGGCAGUCAACGCGUUCACGGAAGCAUUGAAACUGGAUCCUGCAAGUUUAGAGAUCAAGAAAGCCUUAAGGGAGGCCACCGAUUCCCUGGCGAACGUUGGCCGCUCCGGAGAACAGAACCCAUGAGCUGCUGCUGCAUCCAUGUGCUUUAUCUCACGUUAAGAAUCCUCUAACACUAUGUGGCUCAGCCUCAUAUUAUAUGUUGAUAUAUGUCGCCUUAACGCACUGCUGGAGAUACUAGUUUCGAUCUCAGCCUAUAUGUUUUGCUCCUUCGGGAUGCAGCCUAAGAUACAUGUGGCAACCAAGUGAGGUUGGGCAGGGUAGCAUAUCUAUGGACUGGUUGAACUAUUAUAUGUAUCUGGAUAUCUAAGUGCACCUGUUGCUCCUAGUAAAGUUGCAGUUCUAAUGACCCCUUCGUCAAA